UCCCCCUUCCUCCGUGAAGAAGCCCGAAUCCCCAAAGGGCGGGGUGGGGUCCCCGAGGGAGCAGCCCGCACAACUCAAGGGGAUGCCGGGCGCCGAGAGCUGGACGGGGACCUUGGAGGUCGUCUAGUCCAAGCCCUGCUCGAGCGGGAGGCCUCGCGGGCCCCGGGCUGCUUCUCUCCGCCUCCCGGGCUCGCCCCCUCCGACGCGGGUCCUUCCCGCCCAGCCAGCGGAGCGGCUGCUCCCGUUCCCGGCUUCCUGGGCGUGGAAGGCGGCGCUGGGUCGAGGCGCCCGGGGGCCCCGGCGGGAGACGCGCCCUUCGCUCGCCCCGCGCAGCCGAUGGAGCCGGAGCCGGAGCGCGGCUGGGGCCGGACGGCGUGCAUCGUGACGGGCGCCUCGCGGGGGUUCGGCCGGAGCCUCGCCCGCCUGCUGGCCGCCCGCCUGCCGCCCGGCUCGGCGCUGCUGCUGGUGGCGCGCUCGGCGGGGCCGCUGGGCCGGCUGGAGGGCGAGCUGCGGGCCGCCUGGCCGGGGCUGCUGGUGCGGGCGCUGCCCGCCGACCUGGGCUCCGAGCAGGGGCUGCGGCGCGUGGCCGAGGCGGGGCGGGCGCUGCGAGGGGCCGGAGACCCCCAGCGCCUGCUGCUCAUCAACAACGCCGCAUCUCUGGGUGACGUCUCCAAGACCUUCUCGGACUUCUCCGAGCCCAGCGACGUCAACAACUACCUAAACCUCAACGUGACUUCUGCCCUCUGCCUGACCGCCUCCAUCCUGAAGGCCUUUCCUGCCCAGCCGGGCUUCAGCCGCCUGGUGGUCAACAUCUCCUCCCUCUGCGCCCUGAAGCCCUUCAAGAGCUGGACCCUCUACUGCACGGGGAAGGCGGCUCGGGACAUGAUGUUCCAAGUCUUAGCAGCCGAAGAGCCGGACGUGCGGGUGCUGAACUACGCCCCAGGUCCCCUGGACACCUCCAUGCAGGAAGAGGCCCGCACCCUCUCGGCAGACCCGGAGCUGAGGCAGGCCUUCCUUCGCAUGAAGGAAUCCGGGGAGCUGAUCGACUGCGACGUCUCCGCCCGCAAGUUGCUGGACCUCCUGGCGGCCAACACCUUUGAAUCCGGUGCCCACGUGGACUUCUAUGACACCUGAGCAACUCUCCGGGCUCCUGCUUCCGUUGGAGGGUCCUUCUCAGAGACACGGCUUCUUUUCUUAAAAGAGCAGAAAUUAUUCUCUCUCGGUUCUUUUUUUCAUGCAUGCUGCAGUAAAUAAUGGGUGCUGGGAAGUUUUGUAUCUGAGGUGGUUGUAGAAGCAUUUUGCAAAAUUCUGAACUGUAACUGUGCCAAAAAAAAGCCAAAAAUUACACUAAGCUA